CAUCUGCGAUCCAGUCGUGCCUCUGCUGCAGUCUCUUUACCUUGGAAAAUUACCUGCCGUUGAAAACCUUGAGAUUGAAUCUCUGAUGUACGGCCAACGCCUGCCGAACCAGAAACGACGCCCGCUCUUGUGCGGGAAACAACCUGGAUGCGCCGGCAAAACCGCUUUGGUCAUAUAAUACCCGUGCGAGGAGCGAAAAGUCGUGAGAGCUCGAAAAAUCCCUUUUUUCCUCUCCCAUCUAUUUAGAAGAUGCGAGGAGAAUCGGAACAUGAGCGCGAACAAAGGAUCAAUGACCUCUGGGAGAUCCUUGAUGACCGCCGCAGGGGCCAGGUGGACCUGAAAGAUUUCAAGAGGGGCUUGAAGAAGAUGGACCAUCCCUUGAAAAAUGCAGAUUCCCUCCUGAAGGAUAUUAUAGAAGCUGUCGACACAAGCGGAGAUGGCCGAAUCCAGUUCAAUGAAUUUCGGGACUUCGUCGAACGUGCGGAGAGAGAGCUCUGGCAGCUCUUCGAAACAGUUGAUCGCGAUCAUGACGGCCAUGUGGACAAAGAAGAACUGCAAUCUGCAUUUGCGCGAGCUGGCUUGACAGUUCGUAAGUCUAAGCUGGACCAGUUCUUCUCGGAGAUGGACACAAAUAACGAUGGGGUAAUCAGUUUUGAGGAAUGGAGGGACUUCCUUCUUUUUCUCCCGGCCAAUCCCACGCAUUUAUCUAAUAUGCGUGCAAUUCUUUCUUAUUAUUCUGCGACUGGAAAUUUGAACCCCGAGGGUGACGUCCACAUAAACGAACCUCUCCAGGGAUUAGUGACCAAAGUAGGUCGCGAAUCCCACAUAGACAAUGUGUUUCGAUGUCAUCCCGAUGGCCCUGUCGUUCCCUCCGGUGAUGCUGAGCUUGAAUGGCUUCCUGUACCCUGGAAUGUAUCACUGUGGCUGUAUUUCCGGUAUCUUGAACACGUAUUGACGGAAAGCACGCCCCACUUAGGUUACUUCCUUGCGGGCGGAAUGGCUGGUGUUGUGUCAAGAACUUCGACGGCGCCGCUGGAUCGCCUGAGGGUCUAUCUGAUUGCGCAGACAAAGCCGCAAUCUGUUGCAGCCAGUGUUAAGUCUGGCGCUGUUGUUGAGGUAGCAGGGUGGAGGGCAUGGCCACUUGUCCACGCCCUGAAGGACCUGUGGCGUGCGGGUGGGAUACGAAGCUUAUUUGCCGGAAACGGUUUGAACGUUGCGAAAGUCAUGCCUGAGUCAGCUAUCAAAUUCGGAGCAUACGAAGCCUCCAGGCGCAUGUUCGCAGGAUUAGAAGGGCAUCACGAUCCAAAGCAGCUGCUCCCAGUUUCGCAGUUUCUGGCUGGUGGAAUUGGCGGCAUGGUUUCUCAAUGUUUCGUUUAUCCCUUAGAUACCUUGAAAUUCCGCAUGCAAUGCGAAACCGUGGAAGGUGGUCUUCGUGGUAACCGUCUCAUCAUUGCAACUGCCAGGAAGAUGUGGUCGACCCACGGUGUUUUCGCUUACUAUCGUGGUCUUCAACUGGGCCUCAUAGGAAUGUUCCCCUAUGCGGCCAUUGACCUUAUGACCUUCGAAUAUCUUAAAUCAACUCUGAUUAGUCGCAAAGCCCACCUUCUCCGUUGUCAUGAAGAAGACGCACCACUCAGCAACUUCACCACUGGGGCCAUAGGAGCAUUUAGCGGUGCUCUCAGUGCAUCAAUGGUCUACCCUUUAAACGUCCUUCGGACACGUCUACAGGCGCAAGGAACCACUCAACACAAGGCCACGUAUACGGGUGUCGUGGACGUAGCUCGAAAAACUUUCGAAAGCGAAGGAGUCCGUGGCCUUUAUAGAGGAUUAACGCCAAAUUUGCUGAAGGUGGUACCGUCGGUGUCGAUCAGCUACAUCGUAUACGAAAAUUCAAAGAGACUCCUUGGAUUGAGCUAAUCAGAGGGAUGACACCUGGCGCAUUCGUAUGGUACGAUUCUCGUUGCUUCCCGUGCUAAUGGAAAUUGGUAUUCUCCUUUUUUUCCCUCCCAUUCCAUGUGAUACACCCUAUGCCAUCCAUCGUGGUUAUGAUACCCCAGCUGGAAAGCUGAAUCAUUAUUUCAAAGUUUCCAUGUAUCUCUAUAUCUUCUUGCCUUCUUGGUGCUGCAUUGCAUACUGCAUUUUGAGCGAUAUAUGUAUUUUGGUUUGAUGCUCUGUUCCCAUACCCGUGGGCACCCAUGAGUUCUACUUUCGGUGUCCCCAACAUCUGGAUGUUUACCUGCUGCAUUUAAUAUUGUGGUCAAGCGCCUGGCAUUGGCUCUCGCCCGUUUAUUUGAUUUAAAAUUUGAGCCCUCCUUAGAUAGGUAGCCAGA